AUGAGUAGUGAUACCAACUUUUUAAACAAGGCCAUUGACAUUGUUAAGCAGGCAACAGAACAAGAUGAAGCAAAGAAUUAUGCCGAAGCAUAUAAACUAUAUAUGCACAGUCUGGAUUGGUUCACAACAGCAAUGAAGUAUGAAAAGGCAGACAAGACUAAAUUGAUGAUAAAGUCCAGGAUAAUGGAAUACUUGAUGCGUGCUGAACAACUUAAAGAACAUUUGGAAAAGAAUAAGGUGGAGAGGAAGACAAAGGUGUCUGCGGGUGGAGCCAGAUCAAGCUCACCAGUGAAUGGUGCGGGUGCCGCCGCAGAGUUGGAUGAUGACGAUAGGAAACGAAUGGAUUCAUUGGCGUCAUCAAUUGUCUUGGAGAAACCAAACGUCAAAUGGGAUGACAUUGCAGGUCUAUACGAGGCCAAAGAGUGUCUAAAGGAAGUAGUCGUCUUCCCCAUCAAAUGUCCUCACAUGUUUGAGUCUGGUCGUCAGCCCUGGAAAGGUAUCCUACUCUAUGGCCCUCCAGGAACAGGUAAAUCAUUCUUGGCCAAAGCUGUGGCCACUGAGAUAUCAUCAACAUUCUUCUCGAUAUCUCCAUCAUCGAUUAUGAACAAGUAUCAGGGAGAGAGUGAGAGGAUGGUCAAGCAGUUGUUUGAUGUGGCCAGGGCAAAGGGCAACAGUGUGAUCUUCAUUGAUGAGGUGGACUCGCUGUGCAGUUCACGCACGGACCAGGAGAGCGAGUCGUCCAAGCGAGUCAAGGCAGAGUUUCUCACACAGCUCGAAGGCGUUGGCAACGACACGGACGGCAUACUCAUCUUGGCCGCGACCAACUUCCCAUGGAUGCUGGACAUUGCCAUUCAGCGUCGAUUCGAGAAGAAGAUAUUCAUCCCACAUCCAGACAUACAUGCCCGUGCACAGAUGUUCCAGGGUCACAUCGAGCGCAUACCAAACAGUCUGUCGUCUGAGGACUACUUGAAGCUGGCACAGAUGACCGAAGGCUACUCUGGCAGUGACAUUAGGAAUGCUUGCAAGGAUGCCAACAUGCAGCCCAUACGACUAGUUCAACGUGCCACUCACUUCAAGAAGAUCCAAGCACCUUCUCGCGAAGACCCUGCUAUCCUAGCCGAGUACUUCACUCCAUGUUCACCGGGUGAUGACGAAGCAAUUGAAAUGACCUGGAUGGAUCAAGAAGGGUCCAAACUCAAAGAACCAUUCGUAACAUUCAAUGAUUGUGUUAGAAGUUUAAAGAACAUUAAGAGGUCAUUCAAUCCUAAAGAUCUUGACAAGUACCUUGAGUUCACAAGAGAGUAUGGAGAGAAUGGAAUGUAA